AUUGCUAUUUUAAAAAUACUUUUUUUAAUUUUUUUUUUUUUUAAUGACUUUUUUUUAAUACUUAAACAACAUAGUAUUGUUAUAAAAUAAUUAAAAUUCUAUAAAUCUAUCAUUUCAACAGUUUUACUUAUAAGUUUUAUUCGAAUACGUCAAUUUAUCAAACCAAUAAUGUAUAUCUUCUUUUUCAUUAUGAUGUAUCUAGCGAGUAGUUUAUCAAACGCAUUUCUUUUCACUGUCCCACCAUUCGACGAGAACUCAAAAUUGAAUGAUACAUGUGAGACUGAAUUAAAACAUAUUUUUCAAACGAAUAAACACAAUAAUGAAGGUAUCGACUUUUCUAGUUUUAAAUACCUUUUGCUUAAUUUUAAACAUUUACACAAGUAUAAUGAUAAUGAAAUUGAACGUUUAUUCACCAAUGAAGUUGAAAUAAACGGAUUAAUGGACGAGAAACAAUUUUUAAAACAAGUGAUAAAUGUUGUAAAAAGAAUUGAGACUACAAUAGAAAAUUUCUAUAAAGCAUUUCUCAUCCAUAAUAAGAUGACUAUAACAGAAUUAAUAAGCGCUUUAAUGUUUGUUGACUGUCAAAUCACGAAUGAAAGAGCUAUUCAAUUAAUAAAUAUUGAAAAAACAGACCCACAAAAUAUCAGCCGUGAAGCAUUCAGAAACAUAUACGCGAAAUUAUAUAACGAAUAUCUUCAUGAAAGACAAGAUACAGAAACAUUAAUGAAAUCUUUUCCAUUAUAUGAAUCAUUAGAUCCAAGGUGAAGCUGAGAAGGUAUUAAUUUUAAUAUGGUAUGUUUUUUUCUCUUUUAUGUCUGUCACCAAUUUUUCUCAACAUUCACCAGACCGAUUUCUUUCAACUAUAAAUCAAAAAAUCACAAAUCGAAUCUAAUUGAAGGCAUUGUUCUUAAAAAUUGAAAAAAAAUUCCCUUGUUCCCUAGAAAAAUGAGGAAAUCCCCCAAAAAAUUACUAUUUUUUAAAUCGGUAAAUCUUCGACAUAUUUUAUACUUUAUUUUUUUAAAACUGUUAUAACUUGUUGAAAAAUAAACAAAUUUAAAUAGUUUUUUUUCAAUAAAUACCUUAGGUAUAUACUUAUUAUUUGAUAUAUUUUUGUGAACAUUUGACCCUUUACCUGCCCUCAGAGGCGGAUUCAAAGUAACAACUUAUCCUAAAAUAACAAUUUAUUCAAUUUAACUUAUGAAAAUGAUCCGGAAAUACUGCAUCCGUUAAAAAUAUGUUAAAUUAAAGCUUAUUUUACGUAAUAUUAGUUAAAAUAUAUAUAUAUAUAUAUAUAUGAUGACCUACCUUCUAUGUGCAAAUGACCGUCAAAAUUGAACAAAAAUAGAAGAUAAUUUUGCUUUUGGAAUAAUCCACUACUUUAUAAAAAAUUUAACUUUAUCUAUAAAUUGACAUCGGAGCAUUUUUUAUGACAGAGAUUU